UUUUUUAUUUUUAUUUUUUAAGCUGAAAAGUCAAAUAUACGAGGGAUACAUAUACCAAGCCCGAUGCAUCCAAGAAAAUUAAUUUCUGAAGUCAACUCUUCCAAGUCGUCGAUUUGAACUGGUUCAAUAGUACGUGUUUUCAAUAUUAGAGAGCAGAGUCCUUUAAAUCUAACUGACCACAAGAACAAGAUAAGCACCAAACGAACAUUGCUUUAACAUACAGGAAAGUAAGAGAAAUUGACAAUGGAGUUCUUCAACAAAGCUAAAGUUAUUAGACUCAAAGGCCAUUUGGGCAAAUACCUCGUCGCCGAUGAUGACGAACAAACCGUCCGACAAAGCCGUAACGGUUCAUCAAAAAAGGCACGUUGGACAGUUGAAAUGGUCGCAGACAAUCCUCACCUCAUUCGUCUCAAGAGUUGCCACGAGCGUUAUCUCUCGGCUUCUAACGAUGCUUUCCUUCUUGGAAUGACUGGUAAAAGAGUACUCCAAACCUUACCAAAUAGUGUAACGGAUGGUUCAAUAGAAUGGGAGCCAAUAAAAGAAGGAUAUCAAGUAAAGUUAAGGACAAAGGGAGGGAAAUUCUUGAGGGCAAAUGGAGCAACACCUCCUUGGAGAAAUUCUAUAACUCAUGAUUUACCUCAUAGAACUGCAACUCAAGAUUGGGUAUUAUGGGAUGUGGAUGUAAUUGAUAUAUCAGUAACGAACUCUGAAUCGUUACAGAGUUAUCCUUCAUCUUUAUCGAGCUUCUCUUCUUUUGCCGAUGAUGAUUUUACAGAUUAUUCAAACAAUCGUCGCUCUGUUUCGUCAAUUAACAAUUGUCCAUCCAUUGCUUCUGAUCAUUCUUCACAUCCAAGUUCAACACAGAAUGGGAUGGAAUUUUUUGAAAGAGCUAAAGCAGUAAGACUUCAAAGCCAUUUGGGGAAAUACUUAGUGGCGGACGAAGAUGAACAAACUGUUCGACAGAGCCGAAAUGGGUCGUCGAAUCGGGCACGUUGGAUAGUAGAAUUAGUUGCAGGAAAAAGUCACGUAAUUCGCCUAAAAAGUUGCCAUGGUUUGUACCUAACAGCAACUGAGCAGGCAUUUCUUCUAGGAAUGACUGGUAAAAAAGUUCUUCAAUCUCUUGCAACAAAUAAUAUGGACUCUUCUACCGAAUGGGAGCCAAUAAGAGAAGGAUUUCAUGUAAAGCUUAGAACAAAGGAAGGGAAAUAUUUGAGGGCAAAUGGAGCUACACCACCAUGGAGAAAUUCUAUAACGCAUGAUGUUCCUAAUAGGACAGCUACUCAAGAUUGGGUUUUGUGGGGAAUAGAAGUUGUGGAUAUUAUUAUUUCAGAUACUACUGAUAUUAAUUCAGUGUCAAGUUGUUUAUCGCCUGCAUCAAGUUUUAAUUCUGUUCUAGAUGAUUAUACAGCUUCUCCUGAUAUUGGAUCCCCAAAUGCAGUAAUCUAUCAAUCCCAAAGGUCUGAGAAUACAACCAUGAAACAGAAUUCUGGGAUGGAAUUCUUCAAAAAAGCCAAAUCCGUUAGGCUAAAAAGCCACCAUGACAAAUUCUUAUUAGCUGAUCCUGAUCAAGAAACUGUGUACCAAGAUCGCCAUGGAACUUCCAGAAGUGCAAAAUGGACAAUUGAAUUUCCUGAAGAAAUCGAAAAUGUAAUCCGAUUAAAGAGUUGUUAUGGCAAAUAUCUAACAGCCACAGAUGAUCAAGUCCUUCUUGGUGUCACAGGUAGAAAAGUUGUUCAAAGUUUGCCUAGAAAAUUGGAUUCUUCAGUUGAGUGGGAACCAAUGAAAGAUGGAUUUCUGGUGAAGCUUAAAACUAGAUAUGGGAAUUAUUUACGCGCAAAUAGUGGAUUACCACCUUGGCGAAAUUCAAUUACACAUGAUAUACCUCAUAGACAUCAAGAUUGGAUCUUAUGGGAAGUGGAUAUUAUUGAAAUACUGCCUGAAUCAACAGAAAAAAUUACAGAAUCAGAAUCAUUAGACGAUUAUUCCAGCUCUUCUUUUCAUUUUACAUCCCCCACGUAUUCCAGGACUGAGUCAAGAGAUGCAUUUGAUGCUUCCCCGGUGAAGGCUGAAGGUCGACUAAUAUAUUACCAUGUGGCGGAUGAAAAUGGAAAUGCAAAUGAUGCAGUGGAAGGACCUUCUUUUCAGUUCAAAGGGCAUGGAGUAGAGGAACUGACACAAAAGUUGGAGGAAAUAACAGGGAUGGAGAAUAUUACUGUCUGUUCGCGCAACAAGUUCAAUGGGAAUCUAUAUCCUCUUAGGUUAGCAUUGCCUCCAAAUAAUGCGAAUAUGCAUGUUGUGGUAGUGCCUGAAUCAUCCAAAAGUUAGUAUAUUUGAUCAUCUCCUUGAGAAAGAAGUUGUAUAUUGUGUAUCUCCUUGAGAAAGAAGCUGUAUAUUUCCCUUUUUCGUUUCUCAUGUCUCAAGCUGGAAAGUUAUCCCAAUGUCCUAGAUACAUUUUUCUUAAUUCACAGCUAUUUUCACA